UUAAAUCACGUGGCCUCGCAGCGGAGUCCGGAGAAAGCAUGGUGUCGGCGUGUUUUUAAAUGCACAUGGUAUGCAUGAGUGUGAAUAAAAAUUUAAAUCAAUUUAAAUUUCGAUAGCAAGAAGCGAAAAUGAAGGGAAUCUUGAAGUCGAAGAAGGCGAAAUGCAAUGGCAAUAAUGUUGAUUUCAACAUUGACAAUGAGGAUUCAAUGAAUCCUGAGUCAGAUAACGACAAUGCCAUGAAUUCUGAGAACGACAGUGAGGGCUCAGUGAAUCUCGAAUCCGAUGACGCAGAUUCCAUGGAAGACGUGAAUAAUAAUGAAGAUCCUGAAUCUGAUAAUGCAGAUUCGAUGAGAGACAUGAACAACAGUCAGGAAGAAGCGGAAGCAGAUGAUCAUGAGCUUGAACCUCACACCUCGAGUCAAGAGAAGAAGAGGAAGAAAGUAACGGACGAGUUGACCGAAAGAGUGCCUAAAAAGAGGAAGAAGCUGGAGAAAAAUCUCUAUAAGCAGCCAACAGUCGAGGAGCUUAACCAGCUCAGGGAAACUGAGAAUUUAUUCCACUCGAACUUAUUCCGACUUCAGAUUGAGGAGGUUCUCGACGAGGUGAAGCUCAAAGAUAAAUAUAAAGCGCUGUUCGAACUCUGGUUCGAGAAAUUGAGAGCAGUGAUCGAAUCCAUCGAAGAGACUGCAGAAGUUCCGCUUAUGGGUAAUAAUUUGGAAGACAAGCUGGGCAUUCGUAUUCCCGUACCACACGUACCGGAAGAAACGAAGGGUGUUUUUAAAUUUUUGAAACCGUCGGACAUUAAAGCGAUUGGAUCCUACAAUUCAGGAUGUAUCCUGGGGCCUACCGUUACCGUGGACGUAAUGAUAGAGAUGCCAGCUGACUCAUUCCGCAAGCAGGACUAUCAAAAUUACAUAUAUUUUAGGAAAAAGGCGAUGUAUCUCGCGUUUAUAACGUCGGUCAUAAGCAGCAACAUCGCAGAGAGCAAAAGGUUCGUCGGCGAUGAUCUGCGACCCUUGUUGAGACUUCGACCUAACGGAAGAUUAAACAAAAAGGUGGAAGUAGUGAUACAUGUGUCCGCACAGGAGACUAGCUUCAAGCUAAACAGAUUCCUGCCAGAGAAGAAUAGCGUUAGACCAGGAUGGUACUUGGACGAGCAAUCUGUAGAAGAUGCCUGUUUAACGCCCACGCCGCAUUACAAUUCUCUGAUACUGCGCGACUUGUUGAUGUCGAGGAUAAAUUCCGAAAUCGCGCAAACGAUAAAAGAAUAUCCGAAUUUGAGGGACGGCGUAAUCUUGCUGAAAAUAUGGUUGCGCCAACGCGAACUGGACAAGGGACACGACGGCUUUACUGGGCACAUCGUCACCAUGCUUGUAAUUUAUUUGCUGCGCAUAAGGAAGCUCAAUACGUUCAUGAGCAGCUAUCAGAUCGUGCGAAAUGUCUGGAUAAGUUUAGCACACGGAAAUUGGCACGAAAAUGGUAUCACCAUGUGCGAGGACAAAGACAGCCAAGUCUCCCAUUAUCACGAUUAUUAUGAGUGCGUCUUUCUUGAUACCACUGGCUAUCACAAUUUUGCGGCGCAUCUAUCGAGAAGCACUUUCUCAUGGGUGCAGAGAGAAGCGGAACUGUGUCUGCAGCAUUUAGACAAUAUACACGUGGAUAGCUUUCAAGCACUUUUCAUGAGACGCGUAUCGUUUCAAACAGCAUUCGAUCAAAUUUUAUGUUUUCAGGAUGAGACAGUUUUAGAAAAAAUAGUGAACGAUAAAUCGAUCAUUAUUGAUAAGAUCAAUUAUGGAUCUGACAAGCGUAGUCAAGUGAUUAAGUUACUCGUUAAGGUUUUGAGAAAAGGUCUAGGAAACAGAGUUAAUCAAUUGUGCGUAUUACCCGGUACAUCUAAGGAAUGGGAUUGCACCGAGAAUGUGCCUGAUAAUAUCGGAAAGCUUACUAUCGGGUUGGAACUAAAUCCUGAAACAUGUUUCGAGAUUUUGGACAAAGGACCUGAGGCUAACUUAUCAGACGCAACUGAUUUCCGAGCAUUUUGGGGCGCCAAGUCUGAAUUACGUAGGUUUCAAGAUGGAGCCAUUCGUGAAGCUGUGCUCUGGUCAAAAGGCAAAAGUCUCAUGAACAAGAGAAUAAUAUGCAAGACAAUAAUAGCAUAUUUAUUAAAAACAAAAUUUGAUAUUUUAAGAGAUCAGUAUUUGUACAUUGCGGAUCAAAUGGAAGAUUUGCUAAAGCUGCACAAGCAUCAAAUAACACAUUUCGUGUACGGCACCGGUGAAGAAGCUGCAUUGAAAGUUCUGCAGGCUUUCAACGGUUUAGAGAAAAAAUUGAUGUCGCUGAAAGAUAUGCCUCUGACAAUAAACGGCGUUCAAGGUUCAAGCCCGGUUUUCCGGUACACGGAAAUCUUUCCGCCGCUCGCCACCGUUCAUCGGAACAUCAAACAUGUCACUAAGAUAGAUGAAAACUGUUUAAUCCUUUCGAAGAGCAUCGCGAAGUGCCCACCGUAUUUCCACGCGCUUGACGCGACGUUGCAGUUAUCGACUAGUGGAAAGUGGCCCGAGGAAUUGGAGGCCAUCAGAAGAACAAAAACGGCGUUUCACAUACAAAUCGCGGAGUGCCUUAGGGAACAGCAUCAACUGAAAGCGCAGGCUUAUCCAUCUCAUAUAGACGUGUACCAGGACGGAUUCGUCUUUCGGUUAAGAAUCGCGCAUCAAAAGGAAAUUGCACUACUGAAAGAGAUCAAGGAAGACGGGGUGACCAAAUACAGAGACAACGAGGAAUCUGCCAAGUUGGAAAACAGCUUGUUUCACUUGCCGAAGUUGACCAGCGCUUUGCACGGAUUACAUUCUCAGCAACCCUCGUUUGGUGCUGCUUGCUGCUUGGCAAAACGAUGGUUAUCAGCGCAACUGUUGGACGAAAGUCACAUACCAGGAGUCGUGGUUGAAUUACUCAUGGCAUCCAUAUAUCUGACGCCAGAACCAUAUAAACCAGCUCAGAUGCCGCAAGUAGCGUUUCUACGAUUUUUGGAAGCUGUCGCGAGAGCUCACUGGAACACCGAUCCCGUUAUCGUUAAUUUCAAUGGCGAGAUGACCAAUGAAGAAAUCACCGCCGUAGAGACGUUAUUUAACACAGCUCGGAAUUCAUUGCCACCUUUAUUUAUCUCUAUCCCGUAUGAUCAGCAGAAAUCUCUGUGGACCAGAAAAACGCCGUCAUGUAUGAUCUUAAAUCGCAUAAGUGCACUCGCGAAAGAAUCGUUGAAAUUAUUUGAUAAUAUGUUGCUCAGUACGGUACAAGAUGUGAAACCUAUGUUCCGCCCUUCGCUCUCAGAAUACGACUGUUUAAUACAUCUGAGGUCGAGAAUGAUUCCUAGAAGACUGCAGGCAGUCGAUGUGCCCGAUAACGCGAAAACCGUAGAUGUACAUCCCUACAAGGCACACUCGCUUCAAAAAAUUCCAAUCGUGAACUUUGACCCCGUACAAUGUUUCCUGAAAGAUUUGAGGGAUGGUUACAAUGAUUACGCUCUGUUCUUCCACGAUACUUAUGGCGGUACAGUAAUCGGAGUUCUCUUGAGACCCACUGUCUUCGAACGCAAAGAUUUCAAAGUAGCAGACGCAAAAUGCAGGAAACUCGACGAUGACGGUAAACUCUGCUUCAAUGUGUCGGCGAUGAUUGAGGACUUUUACGUUCUGGGGAGAGGUAUUAUAGAGGCGAUCGAUGUCCCGAGCAAAAACAUUUCCUUAACAUCAUAGUCAACUAUGUAGAUACGCCUAUAUAAAACUCGAGAAUUAUCUCAAGCAUAUUUGCAAAAUUUGUAACCUACUGUAAAUAUAAAAAAUAAAUACGUUUGUUAGAAAAUAAACUGCAGAGAUAUAUACAUUGUAAUUGCGAAGAUAUAACAUUUGCAGUCAAAUUUCCUCUUUUUUUAUAUAAUUUAAAUAAUUUCUAUUUGUAACGUCAUAUAAAUGAUUAUAGAUAAUACAAAAUAAUUUUGUAUAUAAAUAUAGUCUUUUUUUUUUAUCGAAUGUAACAAUCUACUGGAACUACGUCGUAUGUGCAAAUGCAUUUUUCAUUGUUCAUGAUCUCUCUUCCAAGAUAAGUCACGCGAUAUUGUUUUGCUGUGAAAUAUUCAAUUUUUAAUUCCUUCUACAAGUAUUUUUCUUAUUCGAAUAAAGUUGAAUUAAGAUAAUAGGAUAUUUUAAUUAACUUUUAAUGAAUAUAAUAAAUCUAUAUAAAUAGAACGCAAAAUUGAUCAAAUAUGUAAUAUUCCCUGGUAUGUAUUAUAUUUCCAUUUUAAAUAAUGAAUAGAUAAUAAUAGAUAAUAGUGUACAUUUAUCAGGGAUGUGAUAUCACGCAAUUGAUAACACUACUGAUAAAAAUAAUGUUUAUCCUAAUGCAUUGUAGUAAAAAAUUUAAUAAGAUAAAUCAGAUUUUCUUAUGACUAGUUUAUUUACUUUUAUGACAUUUUCUAGAUUUUAUUGUAAAAAUUAUAUAAAUUAUGUACUUGCUUGCUUCAUACGAGUACAAUUAAUGUAUAGAACCGAAUAAAAUGUUUUAUAUUUAA